CGUGGACAAGUUCGGUUGAGCUGUGGCACGUUCAACCAAACUUUUCAUUGAAAGAUCGCGAGCUUUCCUGCUUGCGGCUCAGGGUACAAACAAAAUCUCCCGCACUUGAGCUGUUUCAGAAUGAGUUAUACAGAAAAACCUGAUGAAAUUACUAAAGAUGAAUGGAUGGAAAAACUCAAUAAUUUACACAUCCAAAGAGCUGACAUGAAUCGCCUCAUAAUGAACUAUCUAGUUACCGAAGGAUUUAAGGAAGCAGCAGAAAAAUUUAGAGUGGAAUCUGGUAUAGAACCUAGUGUUGACCUGGACACCCUUGACGAGCGUAUUAAAAUUCGCGAGGUGAUACUUAAUGGACAAAUUCAAGAGGCCAUUGCACUAAUCAAUAGUCUGCAUCCAGAGCUGUUGGACACAAAUCGUUAUCUUUACUUCCACUUACAGCAACAGCAUUUGAUCGAGUUGAUUCGCCAGCGUGAGACAGAAGCAGCUUUGGAGUUUGCCCAGACUCAGCUUGCUGAGCAAGGUGAGGAGAGUCGAGAGUGUCUGACUGAGAUGGAACGUACACUGGCUCUACUAGCUUUUGAUAAUCCAGAAGAAUCGCCAUUUGGGGAUCUGCUUAAUAUGAUGCAGAGGCAAAAGGUUUGGAGUGAAGUGAAUCAGGCAAUUUUGGAUUAUGAGAAUCGUGAAUCAACACCUAAGCUAGCCAAACUGCUAAAACUUCUAUUAUGGGCACAGAAUGAGCUGGACCACAAGAAAGUUAAAUAUCCCAAGAUGACAGACCUCAGUAAGGGAGCAAUUGAGGAACCCAAGUAAAGGCUGUAUAAUGGGACUGAACAGGAUUAUGAAGCGUCUUGCUGUACAUUUGCUGGUUACAGUAUAUCAGACAGGACUAUAAUAAGUUCACUAAUAAAUGACAGAACAUGUGAAUAUGACUUUAUGGUUAAGAAUAAUCACAUUUAAGGCUGGGAUGAACUUCAAAGCAUCACCAACACAUUACAUCGGAACGCCAUCAAAUGGCUGCUGAAGCGUCAAGGGAUUGCAAGAUUCACCCCAGUCCUAAAUUCAUUUUUAUGGUAACUUAUAACUUUACCAACUUCGCACGUUGGACUGAAAAUACCGAGUAUUUGAUAUUUACGUUUGGCUGCUGUACGGAGUUUCUAUUCAGUUUCUUUGCUUCAUAUGCCAACGGUUCUUAAGUGUAUGUUUAUAUAUUUUCAAAACAACUUUAUUAAAUAUCUGUCUGUUCUCUGCUAAUAUCCAUCUUACAUCUGGAUCUAAACUGAUGCUUUAUUUCUUAUGGAAUAUCCUCUAACUUUAUUGUUAACUUGGUAUCUUACUAUUAAAUUUAUUUGGAGCCAGUUGUGGAUGUAACAUGGAUACUGAGAUUGUAAUUAGUAGAAGCUAACUAUUCAUUUUACUUUUUUUUCAGCCGCAUUAACAUUUUCCACUGUCCAGGAAGAGCUUCACGUUUGUUAAUUGUCAUUUAAUAGUCUUGUUACCAAACUAAAAUCCAUAAGCUUGUAAGUCAUAGUAUUUAACCUCAAGGUUUUGUAUAUUUUGUGGCAAUGGCUCACUUAGAUAUGAGUUGUUUGUAUAUAAUGCGAUUCCUUGUAGAAAAAAGUAGUAUAAUGAUUUCCCAAUACAAAAGUGCUUUAUACUUUGAAAUUCAUCUAAUGUGCUUUUAAACACUUCUUUUGUGUGUGCAUAUAACGUGUGUGUUGAGCUUAUUGAUAUGUUUUGUUUUAAGAAAUGCUACGAUGUUAAUUUAUCAUUGCGUAUAUCAGCGAAUACUUUGGGAGUGUACAAUGGAAAGCCAUUGACAAUUUUAAUUAGUUUUAUAGCUUAGGAAUGCAGAUUCUGUGUGUCAGGUACUUUUCAAACAAAAUAGUUGACAGUACUUAUUUAAUUUUCCAGAACUUUUUAUUCUUAGUUUAGUCAAAGGAAAAUUCCAGAUGUGAUCAUCUGUCUUGUAAAUAUUCCCUAGAUUGACUUUAAAAAUAUAACUUGGGUAUUGAUGGAAUGAAUGCUGGUCCUGAAUGAAGAGAACAUUUGUACAGAAAUAAAUGUGAAUGAUUUCUUUCCCCCAUCCCCCCACCCCCUCUUGAUAUCAAGGUUUCCUCACAAUAGAUGUAAUACUUUAGGGGCUCAUACCAGGAGCAGCUUAGCCCAAUAGCAAGAAAGCUCUGUAUUCUAGACAUUACAUAUUGAUAAAUCCUGUUGUAAAAAUUUAAGAUCCAAAAAGGAAGUUGUUGAAAUUGACUUUUUGGAAAAUCUUCCCUUUGAGCAGUUUUAACACCUUCCCCUGCAAGAGCAUAUUGUCCCCUUCAAUCUAAAAUUUGUACCAUUUACUUAUUUCAAUCUUUAAAAUGCAUAUCAAAGGGAUUUAUAAUUACCCUACUACAGUACUUUGCUUAGUACACUACCAAAUGGUAAGUACUGCUUACACAGACUCACAUUACAAAUGAAUAGAAAAGCCCUUCAACUCAGUUGCCCUCCUCCAUCUUGUAGAUGGUGCAGCCAUGUGCAAAUUUCUCCUAUCUUUGUAGUAAUGCUGUCUUAUAUGAUAGACCUAAAGGUCCUUUUGGUGAAUUCAACAAAAGUUAUAGGAAUUUUUUUUCCAGCUUCCUAAAGCAAUUGAACAAGCUCCAGGAGACUUCAGUAUUAGCCUUAAUACACCAUGACCUAAACGAAUUAACAAUCCACAACGGGUGAUGUCCGCUAAUGGUUUGCUAAAGUAAUUACUUUACAGUUAAAUAAACGCAAGGCAUUAAAAAUUGAGUAAAUGCUAAAAUACAAAAAAAAAGCAUGUGAAAGUCUAUAAUUAGUAAAUUACCCUUUCUAAGGACUUAUUUGGAUGGAAUAAUGAAAAGAUUCAAAAACUUGUUUUCUAACCAACUUUUUUAAGUGAUGCUGUACAAUGUAUCACCUCAAGCAGUGUAUAGAAUGGAAGCUUUUUUGUCUGACUACAUAUCAGAACUCUGAAGAAUGCACGAGGCCAGAAGGAUAAUUAUGAUCUAGCUUCCCAAAUACUAAGUUGAUGAGUAUCAUUUAAAUCAUUCAGUCCCCUGCCAAAAAAAAAUUCAGCUUUUUCUUGAAUUUUCUGAAACUUGUUUCUGCUGUCUUCCUGGGUAGUUUUUCCAUAUAUUCAUUAACCUUAUCAGGAGAAACAUCACAACCUAGUUCAUAAAUGUGACUUCUAAUAUUCUUUUCUUCCAACUGUUCACUUCAGAUCUUUAUUCUCAUACUUUCUCAAUCGUUCGUUUCCUGUUUUCAAAAUCACUGCUUUCUCUAGUCUUUCAUUCUUUUUUUUAGUCUUGUUCCCAAUUUUCAUGGAGAAACAGGCUCUUUAACCUUGAGAGGUGAUUUCUUAGCAUUGCACAACAUAUAAAAAGAGAUACAUUAAAUGGAGACAGAAGCUUUAGAUUCAUUGGAGUGAUGGAGAUGGUGAGGGGCAGAAAUAUAUGUUUUUUUAUCUGGAUGAAUGAGCUUUGUUCUCUGCACCAAUUUGGUGAAAGGGGAGAAAGAUACUGUUAUGAAACCUUGUACGUUGUGGACUAUUAUUUUUAACGUACAACUUGAACAAUUGGAAACAUGUCUUUAGAGUUAACUGAAAAAUAUAUUGUUUCUUCAAAAAACAGGCAUUUUGACUUUAUUUUGGUGGCAAAAUUGUCCAUGAAUAAAGUUAAUUAUUAAUAAAUAAAAUAUAUUAUAAAAUUCACUUAAUUUUCUUUUAGACUUCAUAAUUUGCAAUUUAGAUAUAAUUUACAAAUAAAACUUUUGUUUAUGUUUGACUGA